GAAAAAUGAAAAGUCUGAGAAGCCCAAUCGUUGAAUCCAUGAAGCUUCCUUGAGCUACAUCAUAUGCUUCUGGAAUUAGAUACCAUAGUAUUUGUUUAAGCUGGUUUUUUGGAAAGUGAGGUUUUUCAACAUGAGUCUCUGGGCUGGGAAUAUAUGGAAAAAGAAGAGCAAAGCUAAGAGCACUGAGCAAAAAGAGGCAUAUCAAUAUUUAAUUAUAAUAAAGUGUGGAAGAAAAAAAAAAGAUCCAUUCAUAGUUGGUUGAUGAGUUUGAAGAUCAUGCCAAAUGUGCAGGAGUUGUUAAUUAACCAAAUUGCAGGAACUUUUUGAAGAGAAUCCAGGAGAUGACAAAUAUAAAAUAGGUACUGUCUGGUGAAAGGAAAAUCGGUGUGAUUGUAAAGUAUCUUAUUUGCCUUUUCUCGAGAUGAAGAGAGAGCUUGGGAGGUACAAAAUGGGCUUGUGUUUCAGUGACAAGUUGAGGAUGAACAGAGGAGCUCCACCUCCGGAUGUGGUGACGGCGUUUGUAGAGUAUACCGAGGGCAGGAACUACAUGACGGCAGAGCAGCUAUGUCGGUUCUUGGCUGAGGUGCAGAAAGAGACCGAAGUGUUUGUUUCAGAUGCAGAGAAGAUCAUAGAAAGAAUUACAAGUGCAAGACAUCAUAUCACUAAGUUCUUGAGGCAUACUCUGAACAUAGAUGAUUUCUUUAGUUUCUUGUUCUCAAGUGAUUUGAAUCAGCCAAUUGUUAGUAAGGUGCAUCAAGACAUGGCCUCUCCCUUGUCCCAUUAUUUCAUUUACACGAGCCAUAAUACUUAUCUUACUGGGAAUCAGAUCAAUAGCGAAUGCAGCGACGUCCCUCUCAUUAAGGCGUUGAAGAGAGGUGUUCGAGCUCUUGAACUUGACCUGUGGCCUAACUCUACUAAGGACGACAUACUUGUUCUCCAUGGCUGGGCAUGGACACCUCCAGUGGAACUGAUCAAAUGCUUGAGAUCUAUUAAAGAUCAUGCCUUUUCUGCAUCUGCAUACCCUGUGAUCUUAACUCUUGAAGAUCAUUUGACACCAGAUCUUCAAGCCAAAGCAGCCGAGAUGAUGAAGGAGACAUUCAUGGAUAUGAUGUAUUUUCCCGAGUCUGGCGGUUUAAAAGAGUUCCCUUCACCAGAAGAUCUCAAGUACAAAAUUGUAAUAUCCACAAAGCCUCCCAAAGGAAACUUAAAAAAGGAUAAGGAUUCUGAGUCAGAUAUAUCAGGAAAGGCAUCAUCAGAUAUUUCAGCCGACCAAGUAGACGAUGAGAAGGCUGAAGAGACAAGCUUAGCCAAAAAUGAAGAGGAAGAAACAAGCGAGGCCAAAAACGAAGAGGAUGGAUUUAAUCAAGAAUCCAGCAUCCUCACCUACAGUCGCCUGAUAUUAAUUCCUUCUGGAAAUGCUAAAAAUGGAUUGAAGGAAGCACUUACAAUCGAUGAUGGUGGAGUUAAACGGCUGAGUUUGAGAGAGCAGAAGUUCAAGAAAGCCACUGAAAUGUAUGGAACUGAAGUAAUGAAAUUCACACAGAAGAAUCUGUUGAGGAUAUAUCCAAAGGCCACUCGAGUAACGUCCUCCAACUACAAGCCAUUCAGCGGUUGGAUGUACGGAGCUCAAAUGGUUGCUUUCAACAUGCAGGGCUAUGGAAGAGCUCUUUGGAUGAUGCAUGGUAUGUUUAGGGGCAAUGGUGGAUGCGGGUAUGUGAAAAAACCAGACUUUAUGAUAAACAAAGGUCCCGGUGAAGAAGUCUUUGACCCAAAAGCGAAAUUACCCGUAAAGACAACUCUCAAAGUGAAAGUAUACAUGGGAAAAGGAUGGGACUCUGGUUUCCAGCCAACGUGUUUCAACACUUGGUCUUCUCCUAACUUCUACACUAGGGUGGGGAUUACAGGAGUAAGAGCAGAUAAGGUGAUGAAGAAAACAAAGAAAGAAGAAAACACUUGGGAGCCUUUCUGGGACGAGGAGUUUGAGUUUGAGCUUACAGUACCGGAGCUCGCGCUGCUCAGAGUUGAAGUUCACGACUACAACAUGCCAGAGAAGGACGAUUUCUCGGGACAGACAUGUUUGCCUGUGGCAGAGCUGAGACAGGGUAUACGUUCUGUUCCGUUGUAUGAUCGCAAAGGCGAGAGACUAGUUGCAGUUACAAUUCUCAUGCGGUUUCAGUUUGUUUAAAAACUGAGUUUCUUUCUUCUGCUUAUUAUCCUCGGAAGAGUUUUUAGCAGAGAAGCUUUUGCCGCAGAUUAAAAUUAAUUAUCACUAAUAACGUAUGGAUGAAACAACAAUAUAAGAUAUAAGGAAUUAAAUAACUAUGGACCGUUGGAUAUCUUUUUUGAAAAUUGAAACAAUAGUAAGCUUUAGAUAUAUGAGCUUAUAUGUUAAUGCUCCCAAUUUGUGAUGUUGAGUUUUGCUUAGCUUAUAUUGC